CUUCAAAGAAACUGUUAAGAGCCCGAGGAAGAGGCUGAGGAAGGGACUGCAGAGAUGGGAAGUGGAAUCAGUGCUGAAGACAGAGAACUGGCAAAGAGGUCCAAGGAGCUGGAAAAGAAGCUGCAGGAGGAUGCUGACAAGGAAGCCAAGACCAUCAAGCUGCUAUUACUGGGUGCUGGGGAAUCAGGGAAGAGCACUAUCGUCAAACAGAUGAAGAUCAUUCACCAGGAUGGCUAUUCGCCAGAAGAAUGCCUGGAGUUUAAGUCAGUCAUCUACGGAAAUGUGUUGCAGUCCAUCCUCGCUAUCAUCCGAGCCAUGUCCACGCUAGGCAUUGACUAUGCUGAACCAAGCCGGGCGGAUGAUGGUCGACAGCUCAACAACCUGGCUGAUUCCACUGAGGAGGGGACCAUGCCCCCUGAGCUGGUGGAUGUCAUCCGGAAGUUGUGGAAAGAUGGUGGAGUGCAAGCCUGUUUUGAGAGAGCUGCAGAGUAUCAGCUCAAUGACUCUGCAUCUUAUUAUCUGAACCAAUUGGACCGAAUUACAGACCCCAACUACCUCCCCAGUGAACAAGAUGUACUCCGAUCCAGAGUCAAAACCACAGGCAUCAUUGAAACCAAAUUUUCUGUCAAAGACUUGAAUUUCAGGAUGUUUGAUGUGGGAGGGCAGAGGUCAGAGAGAAAGAAGUGGAUCCACUGCUUUGAAGGAGUCACCUGCAUCAUUUUCUGUGCAGCUCUCAGUGCCUAUGAUAUGGUACUGGUAGAAGAUGAUGAAGUGAAUCGCAUGCAUGAGUCUUUGCAUCUGUUCAACAGUAUAUGUAACCACAAGUUCUUUGCAGCUACUUCUAUUGUCCUCUUUCUUAACAAGAAGGACCUCUUUGAGGAAAAGAUCAAGAAAGUCCAUCUCAGUAUCUGUUUUCCUGAGUAUGAUGGGAACAACUCCUAUGAGGAUGCAGGGAAUUAUAUCAAGAGCCAGUUUCUUGACCUCAAUAUGAGAAAAGAUGUCAAAGAAAUCUACAGCCACAUGACCUGUGCUACUGACACACAGAAUGUCAAAUUUGUGUUUGAUGCAGUUACAGAUAUUAUCAUCAAAGAAAACCUCAAGGACUGUGGUCUCUUCUAACAUUCCUCUGAUCAGAAUCCCAAGAUUCUGCUUAAUACAAGAAGGUGGAUGUUUCAUUUCUCUGAGCCUCUAAAAUGAAGAUAACUUCCCUACCUACUACUUCACAGGGUUAUUCUGCAGAGCACAAACACAAAUGCAGGGAAGGCUCAGAAAAGCUCUUCUAGUUAGUCACACACGAAAAGGCUGCAAUUUGUGAAACUCAACACCUGGUUUUUAGAAUCUCAACAAACUAUCCCCAGCAUAAUGGCAAACCUUCUCUAUAAUGCAAAAUAAACAAUUAAAAUCAAACCCUCAAUAAACCUGCCACUCCUCUUUUUACAAAUAGAUGUCUGUGACUCAGCUC